CGUUGUCUGAGUCAACAUCAAGAGAGGGUGGAACAACGAAAAAAUUUUUUACAUCCAGAUACGGCAGCGCAAGCGUUGCAACCGCCACACACACCAACUCCCAUGUUCAAUACGCCAUCAAUGCAAUUUCCACACUCAAGUUAAUAAUUACACAUCUUCCAAUAAGUAUGGCAGCUGAAUAAUAGAAGAUAACCGCUCCUUCUCCUCCGCCAUAAACAUCAUGAACACAGCCGCCAUUGCCAGCACGACAAAUACCACGACUAUGAUCACCAGUAAAAGUAACAGCAUUAGUAAAUAUGACACUAGUAACACCAUUAACGCCAUGACCUACUCCACCAACAAUACCAGCAAGAACAAUGUCAAUCGUAGAUCCUCAGCGGCGGCCAUAGUGGACAUUGAAAUGUUCACUUUGGGCAUGUCAGCGAAUAAAUACAACAACACGUUUACCAGACCCGCCUCGAUAACCAAAAGUAUUUCAGCCUCAGCGGACAACAACAAUACCAACAACCAUGACUACCAUCACAAUCACCACCAUCAACAGCAGCAGCUGCAGCAACAACAAUUUCUACAACAGCUGCAACAUUUGCAUCAUAAAGAGAAAUUCUCGAAAAACUACAUUGUGCCACACCCACAUCCCCAGUGUGGUCUGCCCGAAUCAUUGCGUAUUAUCGAAACGGUUAUAGCCGAAGAUGCCGAAACGAAUGCCAAUACACCGGAUUCACAAACCGACACCACCACCACAACCACUACGAACUCAUCAAUGCAUCUGAUACAGCAACUGCAGCAUCAGAGUGCUGCCAAUAUAAUGGCAGCUUCAUCCACAUCAUCGUCGUUAUCUAUUUAUAAUACCGCCUUACCACAAUCGUUUUCAUUCUCACCCUCCAGCACCUUAACCACUGACGCUACCAACACUAACACUUCCUUCAUGACGGCAUCCGCCUCGGUGCCCACUUCGGUAUCGGCUGCAUCGUCAAAUACCUCAAGUACCAACAAUAAAUACACUAGAAAACGAGAACGUGUCUGUAACUCAACUAGCAACUCAAAUACCACUAUUUCGAAAUUAUCGAAUUGUAGUCGAGCCUUUUCGAAAUAGUUCGGACUAAAACAACAACUACAACAAUUAAAUAAGAAAAUAACAACACAUAAAAACACAUAUAAAAAGUUAAACACGUAAUUAUAGUAUCUUUAGCAUUAAGUGAACAGAAAAAAACGUUAAAAAAAUAAAUUAACUUAUAAAUAUUUAUAAAUAAAAAUAAUUUUCAAAAAUUUAGGAAUUUAAAAAAUAAAUUUAAAAAAAGUUACUUCCUCUCUCCUUAACUUGUAAAUAUGUUAUAUUUUGUUAAAAAUCCCUUUAAACCCCGAAAAAAAUCCCACUCCUUCCCUAAAACCUCCUAGAAAAAUUAUAAUUUAAUUAAAAUGCAAAAAUAAUUAAAAUAUAAAAUUAACAAAAAUAUUGUACAAAUAAUAAGAAAUUAAAAAUAAAAAUUAACAAUUGCAUUGCAACAAAAACAAUUAUGAAAAUUAAGUGACAUGUAAAUUAUUUUGUAUGAAUGUGAAUGUGUUUAAAAGUGAAUUUAAACAAAACAAAUUUUGUAUAAAAAAAAAUGAUGUAAAACUAAAAACCCCCAAAAAACCUAAAUGUAGUAAAUGAAUGAAACAAAAAAAAUGAAAAUAGUUGUUUAUACAUAAAUUAAUAAAUACUCCAUUCCCUAGAGAGAAUUUAUAUAAAAUUAUAAAAAAAAUCUAAAAAAAAAUUCAUAAAGUGAAAAGUUAACACAUUUUAAUAAUAACUUAAUUAUUUUUAAUUUAUUUAUUUAGCUUUGAUUUAUUUUGAAUAUUUUAUUUAAUAAAUAUGAUGUUAAAAAUGCUAAGUUAUCAACAUUUAAGGGAAAUUAUCGUUAUUUUUAAAAACAAAGUAUAGCUUGUAGUUAGUUUUGAAAAUAUAUUGAUUUUAUUCAAAUUUAAUUCGAAAUUCAUUUUAUCAUUUAAUGAACAAUUGUGUUAGCGAUAGCUUACUUUUGGUGGUUUAAAAAUGUACUUUCUUUAUGGUUUAGUUAUUUAAACUAAAGGGGCAAUUGAUUAUAUCUCAGCAUUUUUUAGAGAAAUUUUGACCAGUUUGUCUUCAAUAGGUUAGUUAAUAGUGUUCUAUAGACUCUGAUAUAGAAGCGCACAAUAGGCCCUAAAGAGACAUAGAUAAACUCUAUCGAAUCUGUUGUAACAUACAGACCUUUUAACUAAGGUUAGGUUCUUCAGAAUAUUGUGACACAAUAGCCGUCACGGCCAUAUAGCAUAAGCUACAUCCAUCAAUAGAGUCAUUUCAAAAGAAUUCUAGAUAGUAAAGUGAUGCUUUUAAUAUAUUGGUUUUGUUUUCAGCGCAAAACAAUAUUCAUCUUCAUUAUAAUAACUUCAUUGACCGUUUAGGCAUUUUGUCCAUAUGUUACCAUAAAAAACAAGAUCAGAGUAAAACGAUGCUCACAA